GAAAAAACAAUAAAAUAAAAAAAUUCUAAAGUUAGGAAAAAAAAAAGAAACCGGAAAAUUUUGCAAACAAAAAAAAAAUAAAAUUCGUAAAGUUUUGUUUUUCUCAUUUUUAUGUAAUUAAAAAGUUUUUUUAUUUAAUUUCCAUUGGAAUUAGAGAAAAGAAAAAUUCAGGAGAGUGAAAAAAUUAAUAUGAAUGUGUGUGUAUAUGUAAAGUGAAUAAAAAACAGGAACAACCAGAAUAAAAUUGCACUAACAAAGAAUUGGAAUUUUUCGUUUCGAUUUCGUAAAACUUUUCGUUUUUAUUUCAUUUUUCUCUCUUCGACCAGCUCAAUUUUUAUUCUUUAAAUUUGUUAUAUAAAAAAAGUGGUAAAUAAGUUCAAAAGAAAAACAAAUCAAUUAGUUAAAGUUCUUUACGUUAUGUGCUUUUAUUAAAGUAACUGUUUUAUUUUUUUGAUUUAAACGUUUUCAAUUUUAAUUUAAAAACUCAUAGAAUAAAUCCAUUGAAUAUAAAGAAAUAAAAAUAAACAAAAAUCAUAUUAAAAAACAAUAUCAAAGUAUAAUUAAAAUUUUGCAUAAUUAUAGGCGUAUAAAUAAAUUUCUAUAUUCAAAAGUUUCUAAUUAUAUUUGUAUUGAAUUAAUUUGAAGACGAAUUUGGUUUAUAAAAAAAUUUUAACAAAAUCACAAAAAAAAACUGAAAAGAUUAAAAAUUACAGAAAGAGAGGUGUGGAAUUGAAAGUCAAAUCAUUGGUUAUUAAAGAAUUCUGUUUUGGAUUAAAAUUCAAUAAAAACAAAAAAAAAAAAAUUAUAAAAAACAGCAGAAAAAAAAUUAAAGAGAUGGUAGAAAACAAGUUUGUUAUCAAUAGAAAGUUUUGUUGCUCUAAAAAUCAGGUUUCAUCUAGAUAGAAUUUGUAUGAAAACAACCACAAAUAAAAAACAAAAAAACUCCUUAAAAAAUAAUAACAAAAUUAUUCAUUCACAUACGUAAACUAUUAAAAAAUAGGAAAAGUAUUAAGAAUUAAAAAAACAACUACAAAUUUAUUUUAAUAUUGGAAAAUUAUUACAAGUUAUUUUUUUCCUAAUUAUAUCAAAGAAAAUUAAAUAUCCUUUAGUAUAAUACAGCAAAUUAAAAUGAAAAAUAUCAUGAACAAUUUAAAUAAAUUUAAUACCAAAAUAAUUAUAGAGCAACAAUUAUUAAAUUCAAUUCGAAAAGUAUUGAAAGAUUUCUGAAUAAUCAAAAAAUCCAAAAGAAAAACAACAACAAUUAAAAGGAAAAAGAAUUUUUUUAUACAAAAAUUUUCAUAACGUUUCGAAUGUCUUGGAGUAAGAGCCAAGGAAAAUUUUACUUGCGAGCUUUUAGGAAAAUUCCAAUGCGUGAAGGCCUAAAGGAAAAUAUUUACAUUUAGCCAUGAAUUUAAUAAAUAUGGACUCGGAGAACCGAGUGGUUCUCAAUGUUGGAGGUAUACGUCAUGAAACGUAUAAAGCCACACUAAAAAAAAUCCCAGCGACUCGUUUAUCGAGACUGACUGAAGCACUAGCUAAUUAUGAUCCAAUAUUAAAUGAAUAUUUUUUUGAUAGACAUCCAGGUGUAUUUGCGCAAGUGCUCAAUUAUUAUAGGACUGGAAAGUUACACUAUCCCACAGAUGUUUGCGGUCCCCUAUUCGAAGAAGAAUUGGAAUUUUGGGGUUUAGAUUCAAAUCAAGUAGAACCAUGUUGUUGGAUGACAUAUACGCAGCAUAGAGAUACACAAGAAACAUUAGCAGUUUUAGAUAGAUUAGAUCUUGAUACUGAAAAACCAUCGGAAGAAGAAGUAGCAAGAAAAUUUGGUUUCGAAGAAGAUUAUUUUAAGGGAACAAUAUCAUGGUGGCAACAAAUGAAGCCACAAAUAUGGUCAUUAAUGGAUGAGCCAUAUAGUUCAAAUGCAGCUAAGAUAAUUGGAGUAGUAUCAGUGUUUUUUAUAUGCGUUUCAAUAUUGUCAUUUUGCCUUAAAACUCAUCCAGAUAUGAGAGUUCCGGUUGUAAAAAAUAUAACUGUUAAAACAGCUAAUGGUAGUACAGCAUGGGUAUUAGAUAAGGAACAAACGAAUGCCCAUGAAGCCUUUUUCUAUAUAGAAUGUGUGUGUAAUGCUUGGUUUACUUUUGAGAUAUUAGUUAGAUUUAUUUCAGCACCAAAUAAAUGUGAAUUCAUAAAGUCAUCCGUUAACAUUAUUGAUUAUAUUGCAACGCUUAGUUUUUACAUUGAUUUAGUAUUGCAACGUUUCGCAUCACAUUUGGAAAAUGCCGAUAUAUUAGAAUUCUUUUCUAUUAUACGUAUAAUGCGAUUAUUUAAAUUGACACGUCAUUCGUCCGGUUUAAAAAUCUUAAUACAAACAUUUCGUGCAUCAGCAAAAGAACUGACAUUGUUGGUGUUCUUUUUAGUAUUAGGAAUUGUUAUAUUUGCUAGCUUAGUUUAUUAUGCUGAACGCAUACAAACAAAUCCUCAUAAUGAUUUUAAUAGUAUACCAUUAGGUUUAUGGUGGGCAUUAGUGACAAUGACUACAGUUGGUUAUGGUGAUAUGGUACCAAAAACAUAUAUUGGUAUGUUUGUUGGUGCAUUAUGUGCAUUAGCUGGUGUAUUAACAAUAGCACUGCCAGUACCAGUUAUUGUUAGUAAUUUUGCAAUGUAUUAUUCGCAUACACAAGCACGUGCUAAACUGCCAAAGAAAAGACGACGUGUAUUACCGGUUGAACCAGCUAGACCACCACAUCAUCCAAGAUUACCAGGGCAAUCUGGUGUACAAAGUGCAUGUGGUACGCCUGGAUCUGGUCCAGUACCUGGUUCCGGUGGAACGGGUCCACGUAGAAUGAAUGCGAAUAAGACUGGCGCCAAAGAUUUAGUUAGUCCAAAAUCAGGUCCGAUUGGAGCUAGUAUUGUUGCAAUGUCACCACGUAAUAUUAUGGACUUAAAUCCAGCUUUAGCAAUGGUUAAACCAACAUUUGAAUCGAAAGGACCACCAAUAACAGCCAAAGAAUGUAAUAAACUAUUGGAUCAGUCAACUGAAAAAAAUUUCCUUUGAGUUUAGCUGGUGUUUUGUUUUUUCUUAUUAUUUUUUAAUUUUUCAAUUAUAAAUGUAUACGCAUUGUUAAAAAAAAAAAAACAAUUCGUAUAUAAUAAAUAAAAAUCAUUUUACACACAAUAAAAUAAAAUUUUGUUCUAUAUAAUUACAAAAUAAAUAAAACAAAAACAGAAAAUCAAAAAGAAAAUGCUUUGGAAAAUAAUUUAUAAGCAAAACGGCGAUUUAUAUAACGGAAAAUAAAAUAUUAUAUCAAAAAAAAAAAAACUAAAUUAUUUGAUAAUAUUGUAAUGAAAUUAUUGACAAUUCAUAUUUUAAGCGAAAAAAAUUAAAUUGAUAAGAAUAAAUAAAUAUAAAAGGAAAACAUUCAACAAGAAAACAAAAAAUUAUAUGUAUAUGGAAAAGUUCCAGAAACGCUUAUAUAACAACACCUCUACAAAUAAUAUUAAAAGUAAAAAUCAUAUAAUAAUAAUAUUAAUGAUUACAUAAUAAACUAUGCAGCAAAAUUAUUAAUUUUUUUAUAUAAUAAAAUUUUAUAUUUAUUUUUUUUUUUUUUGCUAUUUUAAAAAUUUUUGAUUUCAAAUUUUCAAUUGAUAUUUUUCUAUAUAUGGUGGAUUUCAUUAUUACAAUCAAAACUUGCAUUUUUAUAAUUAUUAUUUAAGUUUUAUAUUAUAUAUAGUUUUUCUUAUUUUAUAUAAUGAAUUUAUUUCAAUAAGAAGAUUACAAAACAAAUACAACGACCAAUAAAUAAACUAUUUUGCAAAAAAAAAAAAAAAAAUAUAAUGAAAAAUAAAAAAUAAAUAAUAAUUAUUUACUUACCGAAAAUUUUAUUAAUUUACUACAAAAAUAAAAUAAAAAAAAUAAAAAAAAAAUAUUAAUAAAAUUAAUAAUAAAGAAAACUUUAAAC